AUGAUGUCUCUCAAGCCCCGCAACGUUGACUUCACGGAGACAUGGGCGCACCUCAAGGAAACGGUGGCGGGAGUGGUCGGUCUCCGCGCCGUGGAGCGCUCUGUGUGGAACACUCGGUUCUCUGACGUGUACGCGCUCUGCGUGGCGCACCCCGAGCCGCUGGCCGACAGGCUGUACGACGAGACCAGGAACUUCCUCGAGGAACACGUUGCGGGGCUCCUGCAGCGGGUGCGCGGCACCGCCGCCUUGGAGAACAAUGACCAUAAUGAUGGACUGCUUACUAGAUACGUGAGCGCGUGGCGCGAGUACAGCCAGGGCGUGGCGUACCUCAACAGUCUGUACUCGUACCUCAACCUGCAACACGUCAAGCGCCAGAAGGUGUCUGACGCGGAGAUCAUCUACGGCUCGUCUGCUACAGUCACGUGCCCCGAGCAUGACGCGAGACAACUCGAGGUGGGUGAGCUGGGGCUGGAGAUCUGGGAGCGAGUACUGGUCAAACCACUGUCCGCAGCACUCACUGGUCGCAUAGUCCGCGGUCUAGCAGCGGCCCGGAGUUCGACUCCCGACCCGGCCUUCGCGUCCACCCUCCGCGAAGCGAUCCGUUCCACAGUCCAGGUGCGGGCCUUCAGGGUGAGGGCGCCGCUGUCGCUGUACCAGUCGCUGGUGCUGGAGCCGUACCUGGCGGCCGCCGCCGCGGCGCACGCGCAGCUCGCCGCCGACCUGCUCGCCGGCGGCGACAUCGCGCACUACACCACGCACGCCCUGGCCGGCCUGGAGAGAGAGGUGGCGCUGGGCGCGCGCUACCUGGACAGCUCGUCGGCGGAGGCGGUGCGCGCGUGCUACGAGCGCGCGGCCGUGGCGGCGCACCUGCCCGCGCUGCACGCCACGGCGCCGGCGCUGCUGCGGCGCGCGGCGGGCGAGGCGGGCGCGGGGGGCGCGGGCGGCGCGGGCGGCGCGGCGGGCGCGCGCGCCGACCUGCGCCGCAUGUACACGCUGCUGCGGCCGCUGGGCGCCGCCGCGCUGCGCCCGCUCGUCGACGCCGCGCACGCGCAGGCCGCCGCCGACGGACAGGCGCUGCUCGCGCAGGCGCACUCCAAGGACGAGCCGGCCGACUGUACGGGGAACGGAUCCGAGGCCCACACUCACUUCGUGAACGCGAUGCUGACACUGCACGGCAAGUACAGCAAGCUGUUCAGUGAAGUAUUCGGCGGGGCCCAGGCCUUCGUGGGGGCCCUAGACAAGGCAUGUAGCGCGGUCGUGAACAGCGGCGCGGGCGCCGGCGGCGCGCCCGAGCUGCUGGCUCGGUACUGCGACUGCUUGCUGCGACGUCGCGCCGCCGCAGACGUGGACGUCGACGACAAGCUGGCCGCCGCCAUCGUCGUGUUCAAGUACGUCGACGACAAGGACGUGUUCCAGAAGUACUACGCGCGCGCCCUCGCGCGGCGACUCAUACAUCAACUCAGCGCGUCCAUGGAGCAGGAGGAAGCCAUGAUUAACAGAUUGAAGGCAGCGUGCGGGUACGAGUUCACGAACAAGUUACAUCGCAUGUUCACGGACGUGGCGGUGUCGGCCGACCUCAACGCCAAGUUCCAGCAACACCUGCGGGAGAACAACCUCGCCACCAGCACCGGCUUCUUCAUACAGGUACUGCAGGCGGGCGCCUGGCCCCUAGGGGGCGCGAUGGCCCCCCUGGCGCCCCCGCCCCAGCUGGAGCGGCCGGCGCGUCAGUUCGAGGCGUUCUACCGGAACAUGUUCAGCGGGCGGCGCCUGGCCUGGCUGCACCACCUGUGCAGCGGGGAGCUCCGCACCCGGUACACGGCGCGGCAGUACCACGUGUCGGCCAGCACCGUGCAGUGCGCUCUCCUGCUCAGCUUCGACACCGUCGACUCCUGGAACGCGCGCGAGUUGAGGGACACCCUCCAGCUGGAGGGGGACGCCUGGGGACGACAGCUGCGACCUCUGCUGGACGCCGGACUACUGCUGGCUAGCGGCGACCUCGGCGCGGAGGACGAGGAGCUGUCCCCGGCGGCGCGCGUGUCGCUGAACCUGUCGUUCAGCUGCAAGCGGACCAAGGUGCGCGUGACGUGCGCCACCGCGCCCGCGCAGGGGGGAGGGGGGGGCGCGGGGGGCGCCGCCGCCGACGGGGGGGACGCCGCGCACUGCGACGACGACCGCAAGAUGUACCUGCAGGCCGCCAUCGUGCGCAUCAUGAAGCAACGGAAGGUACUUCGUCACACGGAGUUGAUCCAAGAAGUAGUAUCCCAAGCUCGGGGCUCGUUCGCGCCCUCUGUCGCGAUGAUCAAGAAAUGUAUCGAAGCACUGAUCGACAAGCAAUACCUCGAGAGGGCGCCCGCGGCGCUCGACACGUACUCGUACCUCGCGUAG